CCUUCCUUGCCGUCCUUGCCGUCCUUCCCGUCGCCCUUCUCCACGUCGGGAGUGUGUCGCUCUCUACGGAACCUGGAUAAAAAAAAGUACAGAGCGAGAACACUCGCGUUUAGUAUCCGAUCCGAGAUCCGUUAGGGGCUAUUUACAAUUACGGGGUCCAAAAGGCCAGUUUCGCUAGGCGAUUAAUCAAGUAAAGGGGAUUAAAAUACAUGGUGUACGAAUCGUGGAUAGGAGGAAAACAUUACUUUCCGAAAGUUUCACUUUGGGCUUGCGCGAAACUUUUCCCUUUUAAUCUCUCCGAUCGCAGCGAGCAUUCAUUCUGCGUCAUACGUAUCGACGUUCUAUUUUUUUGUUUUUUUUUUUUUUUCAUUUUUUGUUUUCCAUCUUUUGCUUUAGCUUUAGCUCUUUGGACGUGGGUAAAGACGUGUUUCUAUCAUAUUUUUUUAAUACAUAAUUGUUGCGGCAAAAUGAGUCAAGUUCGUUCUACUGAGGCUAGAAAAAGGGAUACAGCUCCAGCGGUGUGUUCACGAGCAACCUACUUUGGUGUGCCUACGGGAUUCGAAAAAAAGUAUUCUCAGUGGUGAUAAAAUGCCGAUAAAACAUACGGGAAAACGGGGCGGCGUCGAUGAACCGAAUCGUGAGCCGUUGUGUCUGCCUCGUGAUUUCCAAGUUCUGGAUAGAGCAACCCUCACCUCCCACCGACUCGUUCGAAUAAAAUUUCCUCGGAAACUGUUUCCGUAACGACCGGUUUCGCGCUAGCGUGUCUCUUUAACGAGAGUUUCGGUCAAUCGAAGAACACGUCUUGUUCCUUCUAAUGGAAAGUCGGGACACGUUAUCGCGAUGCUUUUCAGGAUGAAUUGGCCGACUUGGAAACUCCCCGCCCUUGGGGCGUAAUUACAGGCUCUACUCGCGAAAGCAUCCAACUUUGAAUUAACGGUUCUGCAUCGGGGACUCCCGAGAUGGCGCAACGGGAAUAACAAAUCCGAGUAAAUAGGUAAAGAGAGCACGCUCACGGACUAGGUGAUUUCGACCAACAUUUAUUCUCUACGUUCGCGUGAAAUGUUCACUUCUAUUUCUUACGUGACGAUUGACGUGCGUCGAAAAGUUUGAAUUUUUACAGAUACUGAUUCAAGACCACGUAUAUUCGUCACUUUCGCGAAUGUAUGUACUCGUGCCACAAAUGUGUUUCGCGUACCGUACAUAACCAUAGGGUCCCUUAGUUUCGUGCUCAUAUGCUAAGACGGCACUGCAUGUAUCCAUGUAUGUAAAAAUCUAAUUUGAAAUUCGCGCCACCUAACCUUUCAGCCACGCGCUACGCGACCACUAGUACUUUUCCCGCGAAGAGAGGAAUGGCGUCCACUGGCCUCUGGCUAGUCGCGUUUAUUUAUUAUUCGUUACCGUGACGCGAAGAUUACGCUGCGAUUAAUUCAUUCCCUAUUGUGUAUAUGUGUGUUGGUGUGUCUGUAUACGCAUGUGUGUGCGCGAGUGCGUGUCCAAGAAUCGAAUUUCAUUAAUUGCGUUUUUGGCAUUUGUUUUCAUCUUGGCAAGCAGAGUCGGCCACAAUUGGAGUUCAUCGACGCAGCAUUUGAUGGUACAGUUUGUGAUGAUGACGAGCUGCCUGAUCAACAUUGGGAGUGCCACCGAUCCGUUCCAGAAACGCGUUUACAUGGACAGGGCGGCAGGACGUUCACGGUGAGCUCCUCGUCGGAAUCCUGCUGGGACCGUCCGUUUGCGGCCCUGGUUACGCCAAUCUGGGGUUCCCCGUCGGUCUUGAACCUUUACGGACAACAGGCCAGCCAAGCAACGAUCAACAAUCAACAACAAUUUACCAGAGAUACGAUGGGUCAUGGUUCGAGUCGUUCCGCUUCGUCCGCGAAUAUAUUAUCCGCGGACGAGUUGACCUUAGUGGAGAACUUGUUCAAGUCGAUGUCCCGAAGUUCCGGGUCUAUAAAACGUGAGGACAUAUUUAAACACUGGUCGAGCCAUUUAGACGAUAUAUUAUUGCAAUUUGUGGUGAGGUUUCUUUGCCACGAGCCAGGAAAGAGAGUUUCUGCCAUAAACGGUGAGAAUUUUGGUCGUCUGUACGUGUUUGCCGUUCGUGGCAGUCCAGAGGAAAGGACAAGCUUGAUCUUCGAUGGCUUUUCUGAGGAGGAAUCGAAGCAAGAAAUACCUACAGCGACCUUCCUUCAGUAUGUUCAAGCGACGAUUAAUUCUUCCUUGAGACUACAAAAGAACUCUGGUAAUGCUUGUUAUUCGACUUGGAGCAGCAUUGGUUGUACAGUGAAUACUAGACGAAUAGGAAUGCGCUCUAGAAGUUUAUGCGAAGAUCUGGUUAAACAUGGAGAGAUGCUAACCGUCGAUCAAGUUGAAAACUGGUUUACGACAGCAGCUACGUUUAAAAUGAUACAAUCACACGUCUUUCAGUGUCUUUUUUUAGUCUCCCAGAAGAAAGGAGAUAAGAAUACCAGCAGUCGAAUAAACGAUUUGAAUCUUCUGCCAGUGUGCAAGGGUUUGGAAAAUAUACCUCACUUUCCAAGUAUCUUGGGAUUGGGAGAUGUUUUGUUUCUGAAUCUGAGUUUGCCUCACGAACUUCGCAAGGAAUGGAGAUUUCUGUUUUCGAGCCAAGUACACGGAGAGUCGUUUUCUACCAUGUUAGGAAGAAUCACCAUGCAAGGAUCCACUAUUAUAAUACUUCAAGACACGGAAGACCACGUGUUUGGUGGUUUCGCGUCCGAUAGCUGGGCUCUUGGACCAAACUUUAUAGGAAGUCCAUCUUCGUUUUUGUUCAAGCUCGAACCAGACAUAUUAACUUUCUCCUCUACGGGUUACAAUAACCAUUAUCAGUAUUUAAACCUUCACCAACAAACUAUGCCUAAUGGUUUGCUUAUGGGAGGACAACUCAAUUAUCCUGGAUUGUGGUUGGACAGCGAAUACGGAACUGGCAAAUCGAGCCUGUCGUGUACAACCUUCCAAAAUUAUGUGCAGCUCAGUGGCAAGGAGAAUUUUAAGAUUAAACAUUGCGAAGUUUGGGGCGUAGGUCCGCUCCCAGAGGUGGACGAGGACGUGCGAGAUCCAAAAUCGAUUUUGGAUCAGGACCCUACCUCUAAGGUUAUGUUGGAAUUGUCUGGGCGUAAAAUGCAUAGCGAAGGACUGAGGGAAAAGAAAGAGUAAUUGUGAUAUCGAAGAGUUGCUUCUAUACUAGGGGUAUGUAAACAUUUGUAUAUCAGGCUACUUAAAAUAUAAUAGCUUGUUAGAAGAAAAGUUAUCGUAAAACAGUGUAACGGUCAUUAUCGUAUCAAUUCUUCCGUAAUUUGCGUGGAAUCGUCUCGACAAGAUGACGAAAAUAUCGAUAACGAUUCGAACGAAUUAUACGAACGUAACGAUCAUUAAGAAAGUCUUCUCAGGCAUAUCUGUAACCAGCGUUUUGCAAGCUUAUACACGUUCCUUUCUAUUUGCUAUUACUCAACAUUUAAAGAGAAAAAAAAAGGAAAAAAAAAAAAAAGUUCACAUCCCUGUAACGGCCUGAUCUUCCUCGUGCUAACGUCAUUUCCAAUCGUCCAAUCAUUUAUAUGUAUAAACUCUUAUGCCAUAUAUGCUACUUAACGAACACUGUAUAUCGUGAUAUCGGAGCAAAUAUCACGUCGGUUACCGUGUCUUUCGAAUGCCUAUUAUCUAGUGCCUGGUGAGUCAUCAAUCAUUUUUAAUCGAAGUACUCGAUACGCUGAUCAAAGUCUACCGAUAAAUAUUGUACAGCAUGGAUUACUGUUUGUUAUACUUAUAAGACUGUGUGUUAUUCCUAUACGAAUCGUCGCGGGAGCGCGUCGAUUUCAUUCGUCGAAACAAUAGAACCAAAGAAAAAACAUCGCACUGUUGCUCGGUACGUUGGGUGUUCAAUAAAGAUCUGAAACCUU